CCAGGACUUACGCAAAAGCUCGGCUGCGCACUAUAUGCGCUCUGAUCCCUCUGAUAUCUGUGUUUGAAUUAUGGAAUAUGCAAAUAACAACAGUUGACCGUGGCUUCUUGUGUUUAGAUUGUGCUCAAGGCAUGGCUUUCUUUUUUACUUGCCUUUUCCUGUCCUGUGUUGGGCAUGUAUGGGCACAACAACCGGAUACCAACAUCUAUUUGGAAAAUAUCACGCGAAUUUUGGAUAGAUUACUAGAGGGAUAUGACAACAGGCUGCGACCCGGAUUUGGAGGUCCUGUGACUGAAGUCAAAACAGACAUCUUUGUCACCAGCUUCGGUCCUGUGUCAGAUGUUGAAAUGGAGUACACAAUGGAUGUGUUUUUCCGACAAACAUGGAUAGACGAGAGGCUCAAAUUCGACGGCCCCAUUGAGAUCCUGCGGCUCAACAACCUCAUGGUCAGUAAAAUCUGGACGCCGGACACAUUCUUCCGGAAUGGCAAGAGGUCCAUAUCCCACAACAUGACCACUCCCAACAAGCUGUUCCGCAUCAUGCAGAACGGAACUAUCCUCUACACCAUGAGAUUAACUAUCAAUGCAGAAUGCCCAAUGAGACUCAUAAACUUCCCAAUGGACGGACACUCUUGCCCACUGAAGUUUGGCAGUUACGCCUAUCCUAUCAGUGAAAUAGUAUACACAUGGAAGAAGGGCCCGCUGUUUUCAGUAGAAGUACCACAGGAGUCUUCCAGUCUGCUGCAGUACGACCUCAUAGGACAGACUGUUUCCAGCGAACGGUUAAAAUCCAAUACAGGUGAAUAUGUGGUUAUGACAGUCCACUUCCACUUGCAACGGAAGAUGGGCUUUUUCCUGAUCCAGACCUAUAUCCCGUGCAUAAUGACAGUCAUCCUUGCCCAGGUGUCCUUCUGGAUAAAUAAAGAGUCAGUACCUGCCCGCACUGUCUUUGGCAUCACCACGGUGCUCACCAUGACGACGCUGAGCAUCAGCGCCCGGCACUCCCUGCCCAAGGUGUCCUACGCCACCGCCAUGGACUGGUUCAUCGCCGUCUGCUUCGCCUUCGUCUUCUCGGCGCUCAUCGAGUUUGCGGCGGUCAACUACUUCUCCACGCUGCAGGCCAACCGGGAGAUGCGCAAGGCCGCGGCGCUGAGGGCGGCCGCCCAGGAGGCCAUGAGUGGAGCCACUACCGACGGUCAAGUGCUCUCGCCUCACCUGGACCCUGCCGGCGUCCUGAAGAAGCGGCUGAACUCGUCGGGCCGCCUGGAGCCUCCGGGGCCCAAGUUCGGCCCGCAGAUGGCCAACUACCUGCCACAGGGCUCGGCCACGCCCGACAACAACGUGUUCGGCAGCACCAGCAUCAUCGACAAGUACUCGCGCAUCCUCUUCCCCCUCUCGUUCGGCGCCUUCAACCUCGUCUACUGGAUCGUUUAUCUCACCAAAGACACCAUGGAGUCUAGGGACACCGUGUGAGUGGUCACUGCCUCUGUGCCUCAUUCAAACGUGGCCGACUCUGAGGGUGAAGAGGUGAACAAGAAAAAGAGAGAAGAGACGAGAGGGAAAAAGAGGAGAAGAAACAAGAAGAAAAGAGAAGAGAAGCUCACCGAGGCUCUGCAGCUGAACUGCCCAUGUUUUUUUUUUUUUACUUUUUAUUUUUUUUUUAAUUUCCUGGUUCUUCCUCCCUGCUUGCCCCCUGCAUUACGUAAGGACGGAGUGGAGCGCUUGCUUGGUUGGACAAAUCUGCUGUUCCUGUCCGCUGUGUCCUUGUAGUUCCUGUUGACGUGUGACCCGGGGGGGUGGACGAGGACGCGGUGGAGAUUCUCAGACGAGGACCUCCGUGUUUACUCUUCCUUUUUUUCAGACGAGGAGCUCUCUGUCUCCCUCUCCUUUUUCAGACAGGGACUUCCCUGUCUCUCUCUCUCUUUCUCUCUCUCUCUUUCCUAUUUUAGACAAAAAAAACCCAUCCCUGUUGCAAGAACUUGCCUGUCUCCCCUACUUCUCAGACGACGAUGGCCUGCCUGUCUCACUUUUCCCUUUCAGAUGAAGACCUGCUGUCUGACCCUCUUUGUCCUCUCCCAUUCUCCGUCUCCCACAAACAGACAAUGCUCUCUGGCACUCCGUCUGACGAGUGCCAUCCCUGUUCUUCCGAGUAUGCAUCUGAAACUUUUAGCACUUUCCAACAAGUAUGUUUCUGAAAGCCUUUUUUUCGAGCAAAAAGGAGUGCUUCUCCAUUGAUAUAUACAGUAUAUAUAUGCAAACUUAUGUUGCAGCUAGAGCCAUUGGAAGAACAAGAGAGAUUGUGCGCUAUGUUUGGCUGUGUAUGUUUUUGGAGCAGCUGUUGUUGUUGACGUAGUCUUUCUGUGUGUGGUGCAUUGGCUUUGUUUAAUUGUGUAGAAAUGAGAAUGCAGGCUGAUCGUUUUUCUUUCUUUUCUUGGGGGUUCAGACACAACACGUGGCUGUGCCGUGCUGUGCGAUUUUUUUUCCAGGAAAGCGAACGUCGUCGCUCGUCACGGUGUUUCAUUGACACGGUGCUGUUGAUGUGCUCCUACAUGCACAGCAUACUCAGUCACUUCCCACACAAUGUUUCAUUCACACGCACUGUACAUAGUGUGUACUCCUACACACCUCCGCAUACUCACUCCUACACGCACUCCUUCUUCCCUGUGUGAGUCACGAUGAUCGGAGAAGGAGCACAUGUUACAUGUUCAAAGCUCCUCCAACGUAUAGAGAGGCAAAAGAAGAAGGCCGUGGUUGAUCCUGGCACAUGUAUGGGUCCGAGUCGCCCCGCGGUAAACGGAGGCUUCUCUCCGCCUGUAUCUUCGCUCACCUUUGACACACAUCGAGGCUUCGGAGAAAUCCAAACUCGUCAGCCAUUCCCAUGCAGGCUGUCAGGGAGAUGAUUCAGCAAUGGUUUCCUGGCAACAGGACACCAAAUGGAUUUAUGUAUUUAUGCAGUUUGUUUUAAUGUUGAUCUAAUUACGUAUUUUAUAUAAUUACGUCUGUUAUUAUUGGACUUGAAAGGAUGCUAAAAUGGCUCAUAAUUAUCUGUAAGUGAUUGCUUUACAGUUCAUCCGGAGCUGGGGCUUUCAUGGGCAUCGAUGCAUAUGCCAAAUUUAGUCAUUAAUUGGCUUCUGGUUGGAUUUGCAUAUGAUUACACAAUUUCCAAUUAAAACAGAGGUGGUAAACGAUUAAAUGAGAAUAUACAAGGCACAGCCAAAUGUAUCCUUUUUUGUAUACUUACAUAUGCACUGGUAUGCUUUUAUCUGUUGUUAUCAUGCACAAAAACAAGUGACUAAAUGAUAUUUACUGCAGUAUUCACAUCAAACCCGUAUCUGUGUCUGGUUAUGUAAGAGCACCCAUAUUAAAACCCUUUAUCAGAAUCUACAUAUGUAACUCUCCCCUCAUCUGAACUGUGUUGAGAGGUUCAGCGAAGGCUUUGUACCAUGGAAGUGCUCUCACUGAAGUACCUUCACCGUGUGCAGUUCCACCCCCUUGAUAACUAAGCUACAAUUGUCAUAUACUGUGUGAUAAAGUUACAGUACAUCUGUCUACUUUACUGCUAAGUCUGUUAUCACCUAGAGAGGUGUUGAGAUGUUCAUCUUGUUCAUAUACAGAUGACACAGUGGAGAGCGCUGAUCUGGGUUCAGAUGUAUUGCUUUGUUGUGAAGAAUCAAAAGAAUUUUCUCUUAACAUUUGUAUGCUCAUUUUACUGAUACUCAGGUAAGAUCAUACUGCCAACAUGUAUGUUGCUUAUGAUCGAUAGCAUGGUUCAUGAAAAGUGUGACUUCAAUACAAUAAGUGAAUACCUUUGUUUUCUUUUCUUGUGAAGAAUACAAGCAAAUCAUAUACAACAGAAGUGUAGUGACACUCAAUAAGCAGAUUUUGCAAAUUAUAGCGUAGUUUAUUUCAAUAUGUACAUAACUUUGGAGAAAUAUAAUCUUUGUAUUGCUUAUACAGAACUCACGUGUAUGUUAAUUCCUUGAUGUAAAACUAAUGCGCUGAUUUUGAUGGAGGCCAUUUUGUCAGCAUCGGGGAAGAUAUUCACAGCUAUGCCAAACAAAUGAUUCUGUAAGAUCUCACAGAGCUCACUGACUUCCCAAUGACUGUUCUGUAAUCUUGCUUGAUGUUAUUCAGUAGAAGCAAUAACUCUGACAUUGUACUCAAAUUGAGAAUAAAGAAAAGGGUUUUUGAGUCUU